AUGGCCGAGACACGAACCAAAGCGUCAGCAACCGGCGGCUGGUCCCUCCCAUCUCAGAAUGGGUACGAAUCCCUGCAGUACGACCCGGCAUCAACACCGGCGACAACACAAGAACUCGGCCCCGAGGAGGUCCUGGUUGACAUGCACGCCGCGUCCCUGAACUACCGGGACCUAGCCAUCGCCAAUAUCGUAAAAAGCGGCCCAAUCCCACUCACCACAAUCCCAAACCUAGUCCCCGGCUCCGACGGCGCCGGCCUUAUCCUCGCCAUCGGCACCGCCAUCCCAUCCCUCCGCCCGUCCCUCCAGCCCGGCACCGACGUAGUAACGCACAUGGUGCCGCACCUCCCCGACGCCGCCCUCCCCGGCUACGACGACAUCGCCGCCGGGCUCGGGCAGCGCACGCACGGCACGCUGCGCCGCCGCGGGAUCUUCCACCACAGCACCCUCGUCCGCAAGCCCGCCACCCUAAACUACGCGCAGGGCGCGACGCUCGGCUGCUCCGCGCUGACGGCGUGGAACGCACUGAUGGGUCUCGAGGGCCGCAGGGUGAAGGCAGGCGACUGGGUCCUGACGCAGGGCACCGGCGGCGUCAGCAUCGCUGCUCUGCAGAUCGCCGUCGCGGCCGGCGCCACCGUGGUCGCGACGACGAGCUCCGACGCCAAGGCGGACCGGCUGCGCGCCCUCGGAGCCGCGCACGUCCUGAACUACAGGACCCAGCCGGACUGGGGCGCGAGGGCCAAGAAACUGACGCCGGACGGCAGGGGCGUCGACCAUGUGGUCGAUGUCGGCGGGCCGCGGACGCUGCCGGGGGCGCUGGACGCGGUGCGGCGGGAUGGCCUGGUCACGGUGUCGGGGAUCGUCGGCGGCUUGGACGAGGUGGUGCCGGUGGAGUUGAUGAAUGCUCUGUGGCACAUUUGUGCUGUGAGGGGUGUCUUGUUGGGGUCGCGCAAGAUGAUGAUGGAUAUGGUCGAUUUUAUCGAUGAGAAACAGGUGCAGAUUGCUGUUGAUGAUGUGGAGUUUAGACUCGAGGAUGCGAAGGAUGCGUAUCGAAGGCUUAAGGAUCAGAAGCACUUUGCAAAAGUCGUGAUCAAGAUGGACUAG